CAUGGUGUGGCCGCCAUCUUGGAGCCGAAUUAAGUUGGUCAUCAUCGCAGUUUCUUUUGUGGCUCCUGUCAGAUCUGAGAUCACUAACAGAGACAAGUCUCUUCCGACUCUGACUCUGACAGACUUCGACCUGAAGAAACACAAACCUUCAAACACCAUCUGAGCGAAUAACUGCACUAAAAAAGCAAGGCUUUCAGCAGAGCCUGAAUGGAGGCCCACGGUUCAGCCCGACUGUCCAGGAAGAGAAAGAGAGAAGGUUCAAAUGGAGAGGCAGAGGAGGGCGAGAAACUGCUGAAGAUAAAGCGAUGCACAGUGGGUCUGAAAUACCCGGCUCCGUAUGCAGAUCAGCUGGAGUCAAUGGAAGAGAAGCCAUAUCAGCGCGUCACCAUGGAGGAAGCUCGCAAAGGCACUCCACCUGACAGACCUGUGCGGGUGUACGCUGAUGGCAUCUUCGACAUGUUCCACUCAGGACAUGCCCGCGCUCUCAUGCAGGCUAAAUGCCUUUUCCCAAACACUCAUCUUAUUGUUGGUGCACAGAGUCCAUCUUAAUGUCAGAGCUGUAUUUAGCACCUCUCUCGCGCGCCUCUCUGCAGUGUGUAGUGAUGACCUCACACACAAGUUAAAGGGCUUCACCGUCAUGAACGAGGAUGAACGCUAUGACGCGGUUAGUCACUGUCGCUAUGUGGACGAGGUGGUCCGGAAUGCUCCGUGGACUCUCACGCCCGAGUUCCUCACCAAGCAUCGGAUCGACUUUGUGGCCCAUGAUGAUAUCCCAUACUCCUCAGCUGACAGUGAUGAUGUUUACAAGCACAUCAAAGAAGCAGGAAUGUUUGCACCAACCCAACGGACAGAGGGCAUUUCCACCUCUGACAUCAUUACACGCAUCGUACGUGAUUAUGACGUGUACGUCAGACGGAAUCUUCAGCGUGGCUACACCGCAAAAGAGCUAAACGUCAGCUUCAUCAAUGAAAAGAAGUACCACCUUCAGGAGCGUGUGGACAAAGUGAAGAAGAAGGUGAAGGACGUGGAGGAGAAGAGUAAAGAAUUUGUGCAGAAGGUGGAGGAGAAGAGCAUCGAUCUGAUCCAGAAAUGGGAAGAGAAGUCCCGCGAGUUCAUCGGCAACUUCCUGCAGAUGUUUGGACCUGAGGGGGCAUUGAAGCACAUGCUGAAGGAGGGUAAAGGGCGAAUGCUUCAGGCCAUCAGUCCGCGGCACAGUCCCAGCAGCAGUCCCACACACGAGCGUUCCCCGUCUCCAACCUUCCGUCUGCCCUUCUUCACCAAAACCUCCCCCCCCUCCUCGCCCUCCUCACAUCACAGCAGAGCCCUGUCCAGCUACACCUACACUGCCCGCGGUCAGGCCAUCAGCGAAGACGAGGAGGACGACGAAGAUUAGAGUGCCACAGCACACCACACGUGUCUUCCAAUACCGGCAAUCCAACCUCAGAAACAAAACAAUCCUUUCACGACUCAUCGUUUUCGCUCUCUGUAUUAUGAAGGGUUAAAAUUGAGUUUUUAAGUCAUUGUCAGCGAUGGGAUGUGAGUAUUCAAACUUCAGCGUCUCGUCUCGAAUCAUGCUGGAUAGGCAGGGCUUUUAUGUGUUUUAAAAUGAGUGCACAUGCAUUUUAUUUUUGAUUUAAGUUCGCUUUUAAUGUCGUAAUCUAUAAUUGUUAGACAUCUCAUAAGUCAUGUGUCUCUUGGAAUGGCCGAGAUCUGAUGUCUAAUGUUGAAAACACUCUAAAUACAAGAGAUAAAAAAAAAGAGAAAUCUAUUUGUCUGUAUUGCAAGAUGCAUAAUCAGUGUUGUCGUGGUUAAUAAUUUUGCAAAUUAGAAAAACACGCCAAUGUUAUACAGGCAUGACUGAGUGGAAAAUGAUAGUUUGCCUACUUGAAUUUGGUGUGUCAUGCUUUAGUAAAGGUCAGAAUUCCAGAUUUGAACACUGUAUUUUAAAUAUAUUUGCUUGAUCACAUGAAGAGUUGUUUGUUUUUACUGUAAAAAUGAAAGUAGAUUAUUUCUUCACUGCACAAUGCCCUUUUCAUCUCUCACUGUGAUGGUUCUCUUUCAAAGAGCUCUUACUGAAUAUCCUAAAACUUAGGUUGAAGGGCUAGUUUUCCACGUUCAGUUUAGAUCUUAGUCUGGACUCAAGCUUGAUAAUUACAUAAUUAGGUUCUGCAAAAUGGGUAUUGCACAUUUUGAAGGCAAACCAACAGAGAUGUUGAUAAUUGUUAAUGAAUGAAAUGAAACCACUUCUGGGUUAAAUACAACUUAAAAUCUGGAGUCGGUGUCCAGUAUGACAGAAAAUCUUUUUCUAACUAAAACCUGUUGAGAUUUACACAAAAUGCAAGUUUCUGUCAUUGUUUUAAGAGUUGUACUGUCAGUUGUUGAUCAGUUGAGGGACAAAAUGAUGUUCUGUGGUGAAUGACAUCUUUAACUUUUAUUUAACCCUUUACAUUCACUUUGAAGAGCCAUUCACCAUUUUUUAUGUACAUGUAUGGAUAUGCAAUGGUCAGUUUUAGUCAUGUUUAAAUUGAGAUUGUACCACCAGUGAUUAUGAUACCCAUGUUCUGUUUUCAUUUCAUAAUUUGAUGCGAGGCAGAGGCUCAACAAACUGCUGUCCAGACUUGCACUGAUGUCAGAAUUCAACUAUUGGUCUGCUUCAUUUUUAUGGUAAUGUCUGUAUUUUUCCAGCCUCUGACGUUUCCUUUGCACAAAUUAAGCGAAUCUAGGAGAGAUUAUUUUAUUAACUUUGCCUUCCCUUGUCCUGUCAGCCUUUGAUUGUACAGGAUGUCAACAGAGACAGGAAGACAAAUAAAUAGUGUCUAAUGUAAAA